AUAUCAUGGCAGACCUUGGCAUCAGAACAGGAGACAAGGUGCUGUUGGUGUGGGCUCAACCAUCGAAGCCAGAAGCUUUGAAACAGUAUGCAGAGGAACUGGGUGCCGUUGUAGGCGCAGAUGGAAAAGUGGCUGUAGAGAACAUGGAGAGACUCUUGCUCUCGUCUCAUGCAGCAUCCUCCUUUGACUGGGUUCUCUCCUGCCUUCUGGCUGACAGCUCCUUCAUCCACAGUUCAGACGCUUUAGCAGAGAUGGUCAAAGUGCUGAAACCAGGCGGCCGGCUGAUCCUCGAUGAACCAGUUACAGACACAGAAGCACAGAAUGUGAAAACGGCUGAGAAACUUGUAUCCAUGCUGAAGUUGUCCGGAUUCAUGUCAGUAACAGAGGUCAAUAAAACGGAGCUCGGUUCUGAGGCGUUGAGCACCCUCAGAGCAUCAACAGGUUACCAAGGGAACGCGCUGUUCCGAGUGCGCGUUUCUGCCUCCAAACCCAACUACGAGGUCGGCUCAUCCAGCCAGAUCAAGUUGUCCUUCGGGAAAAAGACAUCUAAUCCAGCAGAUAAACCAGAUCUGGAUCCCAACACAGUGAAAAUGUGGACGCUGUCAGCCAACGACAUGAAUGAUGAUGAUGUGGAUUUGUUGGACUCUGAUGCUCUGCUGGAUGAAGAUGAUUUGAAGAAACCAGAUCCGGCUUCUUUGAAAGCACCAAGCUGUGGGGAAGGAAGUGCCAAGAAAAAAGCCUGCAAGAACUGCACAUGUGGACUUGCUGAAGAGUUGGAGCAGGAGAGUAAAGAAAAGCAGAAAACCAACCUACCCAAAUCUGCAUGUGGAAGUUGUUACCUUGGUGAUGCCUUCCGAUGUGCCAGCUGCCCGUAUUUAGGGAUGCCAGCAUUCAAACCAGGAGAGAAAAUAGUUCUGGAAAACAACACACUGACAGAUGCUUGAAACUUAAGCUCUUCUGCUCCCGAUUCAAGACGUUACAUUCCUUUUUUUUCCCCAAUCCAUGAAGAAGACAUGAUUGUGUCUUGUGAUGCUUUCAUGCAUCAACAGGUUUCAUUUGAGUGAAACUUGAACUGAAAACAGCAGUUUGGGUAAACUUACUCUAAAUUCUUCUUCUCUUUUUGUAUGUUAAGUUCUGUUCACAUCAUUACUGGUGGCGUUACUGCAUAAAAUCAGAACAUUUUCAGAAAUCAGCACUUCAACUGUUCAAAUGAAGCAUAUUUAUGUUGGAGGACAAAGUGGUCUUAACAUUAUUUCAUAAAAUAAACUGAGACCGAUCAUG